AUGGAAGAACCGAAGUGGGAGAUGAUCAACCGCAAAAGGUCUGCUCAGGGUGAACAGCAACCUGCAACGAAGGUAUUGACCAUCAAUACGAGGGAACUUCGAUCGGAGUCUGGAAGCAGCGGAUCAACAACCGCAUCAUCACCGAUCCUCUCGCCCUUGGAUUCGCUCCGCACUGGCGUAUCGCCUGUGAGAAACAACAAUAAUGUGACACCGGCCAUCCUUCCCCCACCUGGAAAAUAUCCUCCGCAGGAAGAUCCAAUUCCGACCAUCGAAGUCUCGAUCGCAAGGUCAAUAUCCGUGUCUAAGGGCAAGAAACAGGUCCUUGUUCCGGUCCGAACUCGAACGGGCCAUCUCAACACCAACGAGAGACUUGUCGCGAGACAGGUUAGAACGCCCCAGGUUACCGGUGGAAAGUCUGCUCAUAGACCUGGGUUCUCGCAAGAUGUGCGCAUUGAAUUGGCGUAG